AUGGCCGCGUUUCAAACCUACAAUGACUGCUUUCAUACGGAUAAGAAACAACCAUCCGACUGUGUGAAAUGUAAAAUAACGAGUACGAGUUCAGCACCAUGGACAGGAAUCCUCCAUCUUGGCUCUCAGUUUCCUAAAGAAUAUAUGAAGUAAGUUUUCACGGGGAGGAGAGUGAAGAGGGACAUGGGAAAAAAAUACAAUUCGAUCGUCUUAGGAAAAAGCCAAGGUAUUUAUAGGAUAGAUUUAUUAUAAAACAAGCUGGCAAGGCACGAUUUGAAGAGCACAAUGCUAGCACCCUCUUGGGCUUUGAACCAAGAUCCCUUCGGUUUUCAUCCCAGGUAUUUAACCACUAAACUGCAGCACCCAGACACCCAGCGUGAUGUUUAAGAAAAUCAACGCAGUUUUUCGGCCGAACCAUCCUGCGCCUCGCUCUCGGGACAGGUUCAGGUCCAAUGAGGACUAUCACAGCGCGUGCACCGUGAAGCUGGUCCGGAGCACGUCGAUGCUUGUGGUCGGCGAGAGCAGUCGCGCGCUGCGGGACUCGACGCUGAAGCGGAGCGUGAGCGCCGUGAGUGUGGAGUCCAGCACCGCCCUCUACUAUUACCAGAGCCGAGAGGACCGAGUGUGGCUCUACUCCCAGAACCAGGACUGUCUAGAGUACUUACAGGAGUUGGUGGCGCUCAGGCGUCAGUACACCAAGAGCAUCAAUGACCUCAAGGACGGGGAGCGUAAAGAAACCGCGUCCCGCAAGAAGAAUGCAGCACCGCGACCACCGCAGAGCACCGCACCACAAUCUCAAAAUAUUCAACCUUCACGGCCUGAACCUUCUGCUCCACCAAUGCCAAACGAAGAAGACACGCUCCAGUUCUUUGAUGAAGUGAUCGCAAGCUGUGACCCAGAGCCUAGCAGAAAACCACAUGUGGACAACGGCCAUGCAGAUGUCGACUUUAUAGUGGCAACCAGUACCAGUGAGCAUGAUCUUCACUCCAACUGGGUGCUUCGGGACCCUCGUCGAAUCUCCAUGAUGGAGUCGCAGCCCAAAAAUUCGAAUGUCAGUCACGGGAAGGCAGCCCAGCGGAAAGGAGACAUGGGAAGUACAGGCAGCAGGAGAUGCCUGCAACGAAACCCUAUCCACCUGCCCAAAGUGGUAGAAAGUGCCUUUCAGACGCUGCGCUUCAAACCCAAGCUCAAGAAGAAAGACUAGAUGCUCAAAGAAACACUGUUUGUGCCUAGAAGACAUUAAACAAUCACAAUGUGAUCAAGAAGAUGGAGUUGCUAGAAAUAUUGAGGAAUAGCCUGAAUGAAUCCCUGGUGGAUGUGAGCUCUGAGAAUACUGUCAGCGCUUACUCACAACCUGAGCUUCAUAAAUUAUCCACAGCAGAUCACAAUCUCUCUUUCAGUAGCUCUCGAUAGCAAAUGCUUAAAGCCAUUACCAGAGCAUAACCACUCUGCUGGAUGUGAAGCGAUCAUCCUGCGCACUGAUUCCACACAAACGUUUAUAUUUUCAUCUCGUUUGCAGAUAGGACAGAUAUUUGACAGGAAAGCUGGCGUAGGGAGUGGGGAGGAAUCAAACUCGGGUUAUCAUAAGCACAGACAUGAUAGCCUAUUUAAAUAAUCAGACAGAUGAACAGAGUUCCCACUUUAAGUCAAAAAUCUAAUUCCCUGAUUAGACUGACUAAAAAAAAUUAAAUUUACAUGACAUUUAUUGAACAUAAAAAAGGCUGCUGUUGUGCUUGUAUACUAAUAAUCAGGGCUUGACAUUAACACCCACCAAAUGCAGGGUAGAUUUCCGUUGUGGCAGGUUAGACACCCCCACUAGUCACUUUGGCUGGUUGAAAACAUUUUUUAA